CGAGCGGAGAGGAGGACAGAUGACGACCGAGAGCGGCUCCGCUGCAGCGCGAGGAGGAGAGACGCGGAAUGAUGAGUAAAUCAUCACAUUUUCACGUUUGACACCGAGACAAGUUGCUUCGGUUGGACUCAGCUCAUCUCUCCGGCUGUAAAUAAAGGAGGCUGGAGCCGUCUGAAAACAAACUGUUUUUAAUUUUUAAUGAGUUGAUUUGAAGACUUUUCCCUGUCCAUCUGUCUUUUAAGAGCAGCAGACAGACACAGACAGUCAUUAUGGAGUCUAUCUUAGACAGUUUAACAGAGGAGAAACUCUAUUCCUCCGGAGGAACCAACCUGUUGGACCUGGAGGAACUCAGCGACGGUGAUUUCCUCACUAACGUGCCUUUUUCAGGUGACCAAAUGGACGACUUCAGCAGUGAAUUAUUUAACAGUUUCUUCGACGACCAUCUGCUAGAGCGCCCCCUGUUGACAGAUAGACCCUCGCCUCUAAAUAUCGACAUGGACAGCAACCCAGAUAUCCAAGCAGAGCACAGCUACUCUUUGAGUGAAGACUCCGCCCCCCAGAGUCCGGCCCUGUCAAUCAAAAUGGACCAAGAGUCUGAAUUUGACUGGAACUUCAGCCAGGACCUGUCCUCCAUCCUGGUGAAACAGGAGGAGCCUGAGAUCGGCCAAAGGUUAGAUCCUCAGCCUCUCGAAAGCCCAGCUCUCAUAUUAAGCCCUGCCCCUCCCCGCACAGGGUCACCGUGGAAACGCACUGAGCGCCGUCUAGAUGAUGUGAAGCCAGUAGCUAUAAAGGACGAACCCAGAGAAAAUGGACAGUAUCUCAGCCUGCCCAACGAUGACGCUCUCCAGCUCCCGCCCACCCCACCCAGCAGUAACCAUGGCGACAGUGACGGCUCACUACCGCCGUCCUCCCCACACCUCCCUCUCCCACCGUCCUCGCCCCAGCCACAACAGAGGCCAGGAGGUCGUGGGUCUUCCUCCUCUUCCUCGACAGCCAUUUCCUCCUCACCUCUCCUCACGGCACCACAUAAGCUGCAGGGCUCAGGACCCCUCAUGCUGACAGAGGAAGAGAAGAGGACCCUGGUAGCAGAGGGUUACCCUGUGCCAAACAAACUCCCCCUCACCAAGAGCGAGGAGAAAGCACUGAAGAGAGUUCGACGGAAGAUUAAAAACAAGAUUUCAGCUCAGGAGAGUCGGAGAAAGAAGAAAGAGUAUGUGGAAUGUCUGGAAAAGAAGGUGGAGAAUUACACGUCAGAAAACAGCGACCUGUGGAGAAAAGUAGAAAAUCUGGAGACUGCCAACAGGUCUCUUCUACAGCAGCUGCAGAAGCUUCAGUCUCUGAUUUCAGGGAAAGUCAUCCCCCGUUCAUGUAAAAUGGCCUCAACUCAAACAGGAACGUGCCUCAUGAUGAUGGCGCUGUGUUUCGUCCUGGUGUUGGGCUCCUUCUCCCCUUGUGUCUCUCCUCUGUCUUUUUUCUCUCACUCCUCCUCUUUAUCCUCAUCAUCCUCUCACUCCUCACCUUCUUCUCUUCCUUCACCAUCGGCGGACCUCUACACGACCAGUCAGGUCCGCUCCCGCAGCCUGCUCUUCUACGAUGAACAGACUCCCCUGGAGGAGAGUUUGGUACCGUCAGAAGGAGAGGGGCUCCAGUCAGASAUCCACUCUCACAUUCAGACCCGUCGGCAUACAGCCGACGCCCACAGCAACCAGACAACCGGGCCCAAAUUAGACCAAAGAGAAACCAAACCAGGCGGAGUCUCGGAGGUUUUCUGACUCUUACAUCCUCUUCCUGCUCGAAGCGCUCCGCCCGCUGGUUCCAAACCAGCGACCGUCCUCCUGUUCCCACAUCGCUCCGGCUACAAAUCAGCCCAGCUUCAUCACCCACGUCAAGCACCCUUCAUCUUUCUGUUGUACUUGAACACUCUGGAUGUAAACAUCAACUUUAUUGUUGUUUUAAUGCACUACAAGUCUAAUUUAAAGUAAGMAACUCAUUUCACUGAAUCAGUUUGCCUGCACAAUGCCGUGCAAAAGUACUUCUCCACAUUUUGGCACAUUAUUAUUUUAUAUGAUAGGCCAGCACAUAGUUGUCUUGGUCAAUCUUUACUAUCUGAUUUGAUGUUUUUUUUAUACUAAAACAUUCAGUUAAAAAACAUAAGUCUCAAAAUCCCAUUUUUAAGAAGAAUCACCUAAUAAGAAAGGGUUCAUUGUUCGCUUAGAAUGAGUCGAUGCUUGAUUUUUAAAAUUACUAGUAGCCAGUAUUACAAAGCUGCAAAAUAUGCUUUCAAAUUUCAACUCGAAAAAGAUGAUUUUGAAAUAAUAAAUAAUAAAACAAACAGAAAAAUCCGCUAAAGUCUAGAAGGAACCAGGUUUAUUUACCUAAUGCUUCAGAUAUUGAAGCAGUACUAUUUUAAAGUGCCUUCCUUGUUCUGCGGUCCAGUAUGGCCCAUUUGACCGCACACACGAUGCAAAAUAUAACUAUCUGUGAUAAAGAUGUGUAAAAUGCCUUAAAAUAAGUAGCUGCAUGGCAACCCUAGUUUGCCUUCCCAUGUGGCAUGUUCUCUUGUCUUUCUCAUUUUGAAGUAUCUAAGGGAAACUAGCCACUCCAUCAUGUCAUAUUUAUUCAUACCCCAAAGUAACAGGAAGCCCAGGAUUAUUAAAUAAAACAUUAUUUUACAUGUAGAWCAUCUUAAAAAAGUUGAAAUGGACUGAAAAAUAAAAUUUGGGAUUUUUUUCUGAMUAAUAACAUUUAUUUAUUUUAAGGCUUUUUUACACGUCUACCAGAGGUGCCAGCCAGUAAGUGUGGAGAACUGUAGCAUGCAUUUAUUAAAAGGUCCUAGCACUUUUUUUGAUUUUCAAAAUAAAACACAAAUUAUAGGUUAUUUCUGCAACUCUAUCAUUUAAUAAGCAUUUUUUUUUACUUCUAAUUCUGACCAAAUGUCUAAUUUUUUCUUAGAUUUUGGUAUUUCUCGGGAGGUGUGUUCUUUUCUUUCAUAAAGCGGGGGCCGUUCUGAGGGUAGGAAGCAUCACGUCAAAGUUUUUUUUUGUUUUUUGGAAAAUAUAAAUUGUAUAUGUAAUAUAUUUGCAGCAUCAAAAAAAAAAGCAUA